CCCAAACCCCUCAAAACCCUAACCUAAAAAAGGCGCCGCCACCCCACCCACCCGCGCACCCAUCUUUCCGCGCGACCCGUGCGGGUGGUUUCGUUCAAACCCAAAACCAAUUUUUCGCGAGCGCGCUCGCGGGUUGCGAGAGGAGGCAGCGGAGGACAUGGCUCCGUUCGGCGACGGCGGUGGGGAGGACGAGGAAACCGGGGAGGCGCGGCGAGGGUGGGACCCGCUGCGCAGCGGCAGCGCGCCGCCGACGAUGGAGGGCAAAGCGGCGGCGGCUGUGGCGUUGCAGGGGCUGUUCGGCGGCGGCGGUAGGGCGUCGUUCUUCUCUGGGAUGGACGGGCUCAGCGCGAGGCUGGAUGAGGUCAGCAGGCGGCGUGGCGCCGUUGCGCAGGAACAUUUUGGUAAUUCUGCAUCAUUAUCUGUGGGAUCACCAGGACAUGUGUUUAAUGGUACGGGAGAGUUGGAUGAACUGCAAUUUGGACCCAGCAGAGUUCAUAGUGUUGGUGCAAUGGCGAACUACUCUACAUUCGAUAUGGGUUCCCUUUGGACAGAUAUGGAAACAGACAAUGCUGGAUUCCGCAGGAAUGUCCAGAAUCACUUCGUGUCAAACAUGGAGAAGAUGAAUGCUUAUGAUAGUAUGGAUCCUAAUGCUUCCUAUCAGUGUGAUUCUGAUCUUUCAGAUGCUUUAUCUGGGUUGAGGCUGUCUAAUAGUACAGUAAUGGAUGAAAGGAAACAUGAGGAAGAGCUACUAGAUGAAAUACUCAAACAUCGAAGAGGUUUCUCCACUAAAAUUGGUGAUGACAACCGAUCUCCUCUGCCUGGUAAUGUUUUCCACACACCUAGGUCUGAGCGUUUGGAUGUGCGUCCGCCGCCAAUAUAUGGAGAUGGUAUUUUACGCAGGCAGAACAGUUCAUUAGAUGGAUCCAAUGUUUCAAGGAUGAGUCACCAUCACAUCAAAGAUGUCGAUCACUUAUCUUUUGCUGAACAGCUAGCUAUGUUGCGAUCGGGCAACUCGCAUAGAGAGACCAAACUUUUUCGUAAUGCAGCUUUGACAAAUAUGAUCAACCCCAUGAGCAAUAGAUACAACAACAUUACAGACUUGGAUUUGAUUAGGAAUCGGAAGGCAUUACUUGAGGAUCUUCUUGCGCAUCAAUAUCUUCAGGAUGACAGUCCCUUUCAACCAAUAUCUGGCCUCUCAUAUAAUGAUAGCAGGAUCUAUCAUGAUGAGCCUUGUUUUCCCAACUCAAGAAUGCAAAGAUCUGGAUCCCAUUUUCAUCCACACUCAGGGAACAUUCCAUCUCAAGGUGAUUGCUCAGGGAAUAUUCCAUCUCAAGGUGAUCGGCAAUCACGGCUCUUCUCUUUUAAUAGAAAGGCAAGUGGUAGAAAUAUGGGAUCACAGGUCUAUCACGAUAAUACACUAGCAAACUAUCUGGAGGUGCCUUCUUUGGAUAAUGCAGAUAGAAACAGGGCUGACUCAGUGGAGCUGAUUGAUGUAAUGGGCCACGUUAAGGAAGUCAGUAUGGAUCAAUAUGGAAGCCGAUUUAUUCAACAAAAACUAGAAAAUGCAUCAGCUGAUGACAGGGAAAAAAUAUUUCCAGAGAUAUUAUCCAAUGCGAUUGCUCUAACAACUGAUGUUUUUGGCAAUUAUGUUAUCCAGAAGUUUUUUGAGUUUGCUACAGAAAGCCAGUUAAUCCAGUUAGCAGAUCAACUCAAAGGUCACAUUUUGGAACUCAGCCUCCAGAUGUAUGGUUGCAGAGUAGUUCAGAAGGUUUUGGAGGUAGUUGAUAUGGAUCGGAAGAUUGAUAUUGUUCAUGAGCUCAAGAAUUAUGUUCUCAAAUGUAUUGCUGAUCAGAAUGGUAACCAUGUAAUCCAAAAAUGCAUUGAGUGUGUUCCUGAAGAUCGCAUUCCUUUUGUUAUAGAGCCUAUUCUUUCACAAAUUUUUGUUCUUUGUACCCAUCAAUAUGGCUGCAGAGUUAUUCAGAGGGUUUUGGAGCAUUGCCAUGAUCCAGCAACUCAAAGUGCUAUCAUGGAUGAAAUUGUGCAACACACCUUCCGUCUGACAGAUGAUAAAUUCGGGAACUAUGUUGUUCAACAUGUGUUGCAACACGGGAAGCCAGAAGAGCGUACCUCCAUUAUUCAUAAGUUCUCUGGGCAUGUGGUGAUCUUGAGCAAGCAGAAGUUUGCUUCUAACGUCAUUGAGAAAUGUUUGACUUUUGGAACUCCUGAAGAACGUGAUGGCCUUAUUGGAGAGAUCAUUUCUUCUGGGCAAACAUUUCAGGAAUUGAUGAAAGAUCAGUUUGGUAAUUACGUUGUACAGAGAGUCCUUCAGACUUGUGAUGACGAGCACCUAGAGAUGAUGCUUUCAAGCAUAAAGUUGCACUUGAAUGAACUGAAGAAUUACACAUAUGGGAAGCAUAUUGUUGCCCGUGUCGAGAAACUAAUUGUUACAGGAGAAAAACGAGCAAGGAUGGCGUCCCUGAGUUGCCAACAUCAGCAGUCACCAAACCGUACAGAUGUUGACGCUAAUCCUUUUUAAGCAUUGGUAUCAAUACAAGCAUCUGGUGGUAAAGGAAUGUGGAGAUUUCGUUUUAUACAUUAUGUAAUUGGUUACUUAGCAGAGAGAAUCAAGGAAUUAUGGGGCCUGUAUAUAAUCAGGUGUUUUCGGGUACUCGAGUAGUUAGAUGAGUAUUAGUUUUUUUGAUACUGUAAGUCCGUUUGGCCAUGUACCAGUUUACAGUGGAUAUACAGAUGUACAUUGUGCUGAGAAUUAGUUUUUGGUAGAUGAGCGUACUAUGUGAAACAUGCUGUGUAAUAUUUGUGUUGGUCUUCUAAACUGAAGGAUGCUAAAACACCUUAUAAAUUCGAGGGAGUACAUAGUUAUGUUGCAAUAAAUGCAGCUUGAUAUUCUAGGCUCUAC